GUUCAGCCACUCAGCCAGGCUGACUGGCGGCUUUUGUACGUUUCGUGCGGUGCCGGGGUUUCGUAAAAAAAACCAUCCGUGUGGAUCACAACUUGGUAUAAAAGUCUUGAAACAAUCAUCAGUACGCACGCCGCGAAAGUAACGGAAGAGAAAAUUAAAAGUUCCCACAUCGGAAGAUAUGAUGCAUCAGCAGCAACACCACCACCUCCAACGACCCCGCCGACGCUGCGAAGGCACGGCCAUGGGUGCAAUCGUGCUCGAUCUCCGUCCAGGAACCGGCAUCGGUCCCUUCUCUCUUGGGAUGCCAAUAUGCGAAGCAUUUGCUCAAAUAGAGCAGCAGCCCGAUAUCUAUGAUGUUGUCCACGUGAAGUACUUUGACGAGGAACCUCUUAAACUGGAUAUCGUUAUAAGCUUUCCGGAUCAUGGUUUUCAUCUUCGUUUCGAUCCUUGGUCCCAGAGACUACGACUUAUCGAAAUAUAUGAUAUCAAACGGCUCCAAAUGCGCUACGCCACUUCCCUCAUUGGGGGCCCAUCCACUCUUGCUACUUUUGUAGCUGUAUAUGCACUUUUUGGACCAACAUUUCCUGGAAGUUAUGACAAAGACAGAGGUGUCUACCAUCUAUUCUAUCCAGGGCUAUCCUUUGCAUUUCCAAUACCCAGCCAGUAUAAAGAUUGCUGCCAUGACGGAGAAGCGGAACUACCUCUAGAGUUUCCGGAUGGAACUACUCCUGUUACUUGUCGUGUCUCUAUAUAUGAUAGCUCAACAGACAAAAAGGUCGGUGUUGGGUCCUCAAUGGAUAAGGCAACUGCUCCUCCAUUACCUUCUGGAAGCUUUUACAUGGAGGAGGUGCAUGUUGAGCUUGGUGAGGAAAUAUAUUUUUCGGUUGGGGGCCAGCAUAUUCCAUUUGGUGCUUCUCCACAGGAUGUGUGGACUGAACUAGGCCGUCCUUGUGGAAUCCAUCAAAAGCAGGUAGACCAAAUGGUUAUUCACUCUGCUUCAGACCCUCGGCCAAAGACAACUCUUUGUGGUGAUUACUUUUACAAUUACUUUACUCGUGGGCUUGAUAUCUUAUUUGAUGGGCAGACUCAUAAAAUCAAGAAGUUUGUUUUGCAUACUAAUUAUCCUGGUCACGCGGACUUCAACUCGUACAUAAAAUGCAAUUUUGUCAUCCAUGGCUCUGACGUUGAGGAAGUAAAUAAUUUUAAGAAUAAGAUCACUCCGAGCUCAAAGUGGGAGCAAGUAAAGGAGAUUCUUGGGGACUGUGGCCGAGCUGCUAUCCAGACACAAGGUUCUAUGAACAAUCCCUUUGGAUCUACUUUUGUCUAUGGUUAUCAAAAUAUUGCAUUUGAGGUAAUGAAGAAUGGGUAUGUUGCAACUGUAACUCUUUUCCAGUCGUGAUAAUUAUCAUCCGGUUUCCUCAGCUGCAUGUUGCUUCCAUGUCAGGAGCAAAUGGAUUUGUAUACACUACAGUUGUUGUGAAUCAGCAGCUACUGCCUGUGGACCUAAUCACGGUCGAAUCAAUGAUAAUUGUACAUUUAUGUAUAUAUUCUGUACAGUUUGGGUUAUUGUAGCUUGCAAUAUCAAUAUAUCCUAUAUAAUAUUUACUGGAGUUCCCGAACUGUGUUUCCAUUUGACUCCUGUAUACUUGAUACAGCAUGUUGCUUUCUUGCCGCUACAUUGAUACGAAAUUUCUCAUCAUAUUUUUCUGCUCU